CUGAAGGUUUACAGGACCACAGGGCUGAGGACUGGCGCAGGAGGCAGUCCAAGAAGAAAGAAGCAGAAUUCCUUGGGCUCCAGUCUACCCAUGAGUAAGAGUAAAUGCUCCGUGGGACCAAUGUCCUCUGUGGUGGCCCCAGCUAAAGAGCCCAAUGCCGUGGGCCCCAGAGAAGUGGAGCUCAUCCUGGUCAAGGAGCAGAAUGGAGUGCAGCUGACCAACUCCACCCUCAUCAACCCACCACAGACACCAGUGGAGGCUCAAGAGCGGGAGACCUGGAGCAAGAAAAUUGAUUUCCUGCUAUCAGUCAUUGGCUUUGCUGUGGACCUGGCCAAUGUUUGGCGUUUUCCCUACCUGUGCUACAAAAAUGGUGGAGGUGCCUUCCUGGUGCCCUACCUGCUCUUCAUGGUUAUUGCCGGGAUGCCGCUCUUCUACAUGGAGCUGGCUCUAGGGCAAUUCAACAGAGAAGGAGCUGCUGGUGUCUGGAAGAUCUGCCCUGUCCUGAAAGGUGUGGGCUUCACUGUCAUCCUCAUCUCUUUCUACGUGGGCUUCUUCUACAACGUCAUCAUCGCAUGGGCACUCCACUACUUCUUCUCCUCCUUCACCAUGGACCUCCCAUGGAUCCACUGCAACAACACCUGGAACAGCCCUAACUGCUCUGACGCCCAUUACAGCAACUCUAGCGAUGGCCUGGGCCUCAAUGACACCUUUGGGACCACGCCCGCUGCUGAGUACUUUGAGCGUGGUGUGCUGCACCUCCACCAGAGCCAUGGCAUUGAUGACCUGGGCCCUCCACGGUGGCAGCUCACAGCCUGCCUGGUGCUGGUCAUUGUUCUGCUCUACUUCAGCCUAUGGAAGGGAGUGAAGACCUCAGGGAAGGUGGUAUGGAUCACAGCUACCAUGCCCUAUGUGGUCCUCACAGCCCUCCUCCUACGUGGAGUCACCCUCCCUGGAGCCAUGGAUGGCAUCAGAGCAUACCUCAGUGUGGACUUCUACCGACUCUGUGAGGCAUCUGUGUGGAUCGAUGCUGCCACCCAGGUGUGCUUCUCCCUUGGCGUUGGGUUUGGGGUACUGAUUGCCUUCUCCAGUUACAAUAAGUUCACCAACAACUGCUAUAGAGACGCAAUCAUCACCACCUCUAUUAACUCCCUGACAAGCUUCUCCUCUGGCUUCGUCGUCUUCUCCUUCCUGGGGUACAUGGCACAGAAGCAUAAUGUGCCCAUCAGGGAUGUGGCCACAGAUGGACCUGGGUUGAUCUUCAUCAUCUACCCUGAGGCAAUUGCCACACUCCCGCUGUCUUCGGCCUGGGCUGCUGUCUUCUUCCUCAUGCUGCUCACUCUGGGUAUCGACAGUGCUAUGGGGGGCAUGGAGUCUGUGAUCACGGGACUUGUUGAUGAAUUCCAGCUGCUACAUCGGCAUCGGGAGCUCUUCACUCUUGGCAUUGUCCUGGCCACCUUCCUGCUGUCUCUCUUCUGCGUCACCAAUGGUGGCAUCUAUGUCUUCACGCUGCUGGACCACUUUGCAGCUGGCACAUCCAUCCUCUUUGGUGUGCUCAUUGAAGCCAUUGGGGUGGCCUGGUUCUAUGGCGUGCAGCAGUUCAGCGAUGACAUCAAGCAGAUGACAGGGCAGCGACCCAACCUGUACUGGCGGCUCUGCUGGAAGCUGGUCAGUCCCUGCUUCCUCCUGUAUGUGGUCGUGGUCAGCAUUGUGACCUUCAGACCCCCACACUAUGGAGCCUACAUCUUCCCAGACUGGGCCAAUGCAUUGGGCUGGAUCAUCGCCACGUCCUCCAUGGCCAUGGUACCCAUUUAUGCCACCUAUAAGUUCUGCAGCCUGCCAGGGUCCUUCAGAGAGAAACUGGCCUAUGCCAUCACACCUGAGAAAGACCGCCAGCUAGUGGACAGAGGAGAGGUGCGCCAAUUCACGCUCCGCCACUGGCUGUUGGUGUAAAGUGGAAGGAGACAGCAGCCAGGCAGGCCAUCUCACAACAGCAGGGACAGGGAGAUCGCAAAAGAAAACUCAAGCGCCAAGAAAGGAAGGCCACUUCCACUCUUCCCCUUUGAUGUAUGGAAAAUUAAUCAAAUCCUGGGCUUUGACUGUUCACACCCAAUCCAUGCCACAAAGAGGCAUCUGUCUGUGUAUGGCUGUAAGACACACACCUCUACACAGUGAGGUCAACCAUGUCACUGUCCCUACGGGGUGGAAAAUGCCUGGCUGGCAUCCUUUCCCUGCAAGGCUAACUCCCCCAUCUGUGGCCACCCUAGAAGAACAGGUCAUACUGUUCCCUGCAUUCUAGGAGCGGGACCUUGGUACCUGUAUAUACACUGUACCACAAUCCUUGUGCUCACAGUAGUUGCCUAGAUCAUUUCUUUUGCUUAAAUUUACAAUGUCAAGUAUCCUAUUUUGCUGUUGGUAGGAAAGACAGUUAAUACAUGCCAAGUCCUUUCCUGGUGCUUGGCCCUGAGCAGACACCAUGACCUUGGCAUCCUGUUCACACAUUACAGACACAGGGUCUGUUCUGAGCCAUGGAGGAAUAAGGGUCUUGGUGCAGGUGACCAGAGAUUCUGUGGUUUUUCCUUUAGAGCUGAGAUAGAUAGAAUUCAUAAAAUAAGGCUGAGAGACAACCCCUACUCCUGGCCCCUGGAAGACCUGGUCAGCUUGCGGUCACUUCAGUAUGGACUUCUAGGCCACAGAGAAAGUGUAUUCCUCAAUAGCCACCUCCUGGACACCUGUUCUGCACAGGGUCCCAAGGCAACCUGAAGAUCAUAUUCUUGGCCUCGAGCCCUGCCUGAUUUUUGGGGAAAGGCACCCACACUUGGGUUUGAGUUCCCACAGGCUUCUGCCCAUCAGUGGACAUUAUCCAUGUUAUAAAUGGCUUUUUAAAAUCAUAUUUAUGUGUGAGUAAUAAUUCUCAAAAUGCAAGGUUAGUGUGUUCAAAUCUGUUCGCUGAAGAGUAACUAGCAAUACCCUAGGAAGAAGGUAGGCCAAGAACAACCUGCCCACAGAGUUCUGUUUCUAGCCCCUGCAGUGAAAAGUAGAUGUCAUGAUUUUCCCUUGAGCUAAUAAAUGUGAACUUUGGCCUGGCCUGUGUCCCAUAGAAAUGGCACCAUGUGUCUGAGAGAGUCAACCUUAGGCAUUCUCUGCAAGUGGGCAUUGACACGAGGUAGUAUGGCUGAAAAAGGUCAGGUUUGCUGUGUCCUCUCUGAGGAGCGGCUCCAUGUAGAAAUCCAGGUGUUGUCAGCAUCUGUUUUUGACUCCAUCGCCAGUACCUUGUGUGGGUUCUUAUAAACAAUAAAAGAAAUAUGUGUUGGA